GUCCCAGGGUGGGGUUCACGCGUCCUGAUGAUCCCCACUUGGCAGGGGCUGGGACCCGGACGCGAACGGGAGCCGUGUCACCUCGCUGGCACCUUCCAGGCGACCUACUGAGGCCUUGAGCGGGGCCCCAUCUGGGGCUCCCCUACGCCCCCGCCCCACCCCUAGCGCCAGAUAGCAGCCCCCUGUGCAGCCCUGAGGGUCCAGGCCCCAUCUGUCCCCGUCCCCAGCGCCGCCACAGGCCCCAACGCCUCUAGCCGCCGCUCUUGCCCUGUCUGGUCCGUGGAGGUGGUUGGUUACCAUGGUGAAGCUGGCAGCCAAAUGCAUUCUGGCAGGAGACCCAGCAGUGGGCAAGACAGCCCUGGCGCAGAUCUUCCGCAGCGACGGAGCCCACUUCCAGAAGAACUAUACUCUGACAACAGGGGUUGAUUUGGUGGUGAAGACAGUGCCAGUUCCUGACACAGGGGACAGUGUGGAGCUCUUCAUUUUUGACUCUGCCGGCAAGGAGCUGUUUUCUGAAAUGCUGGAUAAAUUGUGGGAGAGUCCCAAUGUCCUGUGUCUCGUCUACGACGUGACCAAUGAGCAGUCCUUCAGCAACUGCAGCAAGUGGCUGGAGAAGGCCCGGUCACAGGUGCCAGGCACCUCCCUCCCAGGUGUGUUAGUGGGCAACAAGAUCGACCUGGUGAGCAGACGAGUGGUGGAGUCAGCUCAGGCCCAGGCGUGGGCACUGGGCCAAGGCCUGGAAUGUUUUGAAACAUCGGUGAAGGAAAUGGAAAACUAUGAAGCCCCCUUCCAGUGUCUGGCCCGGCAGUUCCAUCAGCUGUACCGGGAGAAGGUGGAGGUUUUCCACACUCUGGCGUGAGGGGCUGGGCGCUGCGGGCCUGCUGGCCGCGGCCCCGUCUCCUUGGAAGACGAGAGGGGACGGAAUUGCCUCGGCUCCUCCAACCUGUCAUGACAGCUUCAAAUAAAAUAAGGAAAUACAGAA